AGAGAGAGGAGAGAGAGAGGGAGAAGGAGAGAGGGGCAGAGGAGAAGGGAGGGAGAGAGAGCUUGCAAGACGGGAAGGAGCGCCUUUGAGUCUCUGAAGCUCGAAAGAGAUAACCGACUAGGAAUUUGGGGGGGCAGCUGUCACCUCGGAGAGCGGCCGGAGAAUAACCAUCACCCCAACUCUGACGUUUUCUACCAGAAGUUAGAGACUUAAGCAGUAUUGACAUCGGAGGGAAAUGGUAUGCUUGACGCUGUGGAAAAUACCCCUAAGCUGAAGAAGUGCAACUGGAUGGUGUGUGUGUGUGUGUGAAAUACCAGAAGAGCCCAGACCCCAUGGGUAAUAAAGAUGAAAUGUGGAGAGAAUGACUAAUGACAAAUCUGUGAAUUUGUUCUCUGGAGUUGCUAAUUUGCCAGCCCGAAGCAACACAUUUUACAAGGAGGAAACGUUUGGCUGCUUCUGAUUUCUCCCCAAACUGGUGCUACCAGAUGCAUGGCUUUCUAUGUGUUGGAACAAAUCAUUCCUAACUGCAGUAUACCGGGAAAGGGGAAAGGUUGAGGCAACUAACUGGCUGUCUCCAAAUAAGAGACGAGAUGUAAUGCAUCCUCCAGUCCAUGCACGCUUCCUCUUGCAGUUUGCGCGUCGUUCCUCAGUGGAGACCUUUAAACCCUAAAAUCCAGAAAGAGCAAAUAAAUACAUUAUCAUGGACCUGAGGGAUUUUUACCUGUUGGCUGCUCUGAUUGCCUGUUUAAGGCUGGAUUCCGCAAUAGCUCAAGAACUUAUUUACACUAUUAGAGAAGAAUUGCCUGAAAAUGUGCCCAUAGGAAACAUACCAAAGGAUCUGAACAUUUCUCACAUCAAUGCUGCCACAGGGACCAGUGCCAGUCUUGUCUACAGACUGGUGUCUAAAGCUGGGGAUGCCCCUUUGGUGAAAGUAUCCAGUAGCACUGGGGAAAUUUUCACAACCUCCAACAGAAUAGACAGAGAAAAACUCUGUGCUGGAGCCUCUUAUGCUGAGGAGAAUGAGUGUUUCUUUGAACUUGAGGUGGUGAUCCUCCCCAAUGAUUUUUUCAGGCUGAUCAAAAUAAAAAUAAUUGUCAAGGAUACCAAUGAUAAUGCCCCCAUGUUUCCAUCUCCUGUCAUCAAUAUUUCCAUCCCAGAAAACACUUUGAUCAACAGCCGCUUUCCAAUUCCAUCAGCAACAGAUCCUGACACAGGCUUCAAUGGUGUACAGCAUUAUGAAUUGUUAAAUGGGCAGAGUGUUUUUGGACUGGAUAUCGUGGAAACUCCGGAGGGAGAGAAGUGGCCACAAUUGAUUGUUCAGCAAAACUUGGACAGAGAACAGAAAGAUACCUAUGUGAUGAAAAUCAAAGUAGAGGAUGGAGGCACUCCACAGAAAUCCAGCACAGCCAUACUGCAGGUCACAGUAAGUGAUGUAAAUGACAACAGACCAGUGUUUAAAGAGGGUCAAGUGGAGGUGCACAUUCCAGAGAAUGCUCCUGUAGGCACCUCUGUAAUUCAGCUCCAUGCCACUGAUGCGGAUAUAGGCAGCAAUGCUGAAAUCCGGUACAUUUUUGGUGCCCAGGUCGCCCCUGCAACCAAAAGACUCUUUGCUUUAAAUAAUACUACUGGGCUGAUUACAGUUCAGAGGUCCUUAGAUCGAGAGGAGACAGCCAUUCACAAAGUGACAGUGCUGGCUAGUGAUGGCAGCUCCACUCCCGCCCGAGCGACGGUUACCAUCAAUGUCACUGAUGUAAAUGAUAACCCUCCUAACAUAGACCUCAGGUACAUUAUAAGUCCCAUCAAUGGCACGGUAUAUUUAUCUGAGAAAGAUCCUGUCAAUACAAAGAUUGCCCUAAUUACAGUUUCAGAUAAGGACACAGAUGUGAAUGGCAAAGUGAUCUGUUUUAUUGAAAGAGAGGUCCCAUUUCAUUUGAAGGCAGUCUAUGACAACCAGUACUUGCUAGAGACCUCCUCUUUGUUGGACUAUGAGGGCACCAAAGAAUUCAGCUUUAAAAUUGUUGCCUCUGAUUCUGGGAAGCCCAGUUUAAAUCAGACUGCCCUGGUAAGGGUUAAACUUGAGGAUGAAAAUGACAACCCACCAAUUUUCAACCAGCCUGUAAUUGAGCUGUCAGUUUCUGAAAACAACCGACGUGGGUUAUACUUAACAACUAUUAGUGCCACAGAUGAAGACAGUGGGAAAAAUGCAGACAUUGUUUAUCAGCUUGGACCGAAUGCCUCUUUCUUUGAUCUGGACCGAAAGACAGGAGUUUUGACAGCCUCCAGAGUCUUUGACAGAGAAGAACAGGAGCGAUUCAUUUUUACAGUAACUGCCAGGGACAAUGGGACCCCUCCCCUCCAAAGCCAAGCGGCUGUGAUAGUUACUGUUCUGGAUGAGAAUGACAACAGCCCCAAGUUUACUCAUAACCACUUUCAAUUUUUUGUGUCUGAGAAUCUGCCAAAGUACAGUACUGUGGGGGUUAUCACAGUGACAGAUGCAGAUGCUGGAGAGAAUAAAGCUGUGACUCUUUCCAUUCUAAAUGACAAUGACAAUUUCGUGUUGGAUCCUUAUUCUGGAGUCAUAAAGUCGAAUGUGUCAUUUGACAGAGAGCAGCAGAGUUCCUACACUUUUGAUGUCAAAGCCACCGAUGGAGGACAACCACCCCGUUCCUCUACUGCAAAAGUAACUAUCAACGUCAUGGAUGUCAAUGACAAUAGCCCAGUUGUCAUUUCUCCCCCUUCUAACACUUCUUUCAAGUUGGUGCCGCUCUCAGCCAUUCCUGGCUCUGUUGUCGCAGAAGUUUUUGCAGUGGAUAUUGACACGGGGAUGAACGCUGAACUUAAGUACACGAUUGUGAGCGGGAACAACAAAGGCUUGUUUCGGAUUGACCCAGUAACAGGUAACAUCACUUUGGAAGAGAAACCGGCACCUACUGAUGUGGGCUUGCACCGUUUGGUGGUCAACAUAAGUGACCUAGGGUACCCUAAGUCUUUGCACACACUUGUGCUUGUUUUUCUUUAUGUUAAUGACACUGCUGGAAACGCCUCCUAUAUCUAUGACUUGAUCCGCAGGACUAUGGAGACCCCAUUGGACAGGAACAUAGGGGACAGCAGCCAACCCUACCAAAAUGAGGACUAUCUAACUAUCAUGAUCGCCAUCGUCGCUGGCGCCAUGGUAGUCAUUGUGGUUAUCUUCGUCACCGUGCUGGUGCGCUGCCGCCAUGCGUCCAGGUUCAAAGCCGCUCAGAGGAGCAAGCAAGGUGCUGAAUGGAUGUCCCCAAAUCAGGAAAACAAACAAAACAAGAAAAAGAAAAGGAAGAAAAGAAAGUCUCCCAAGAGCUCUCUUUUGAACUUUGUUACAAUUGAAGAGUCCAAGCCAGAUGAUGCAGUUCACGAACCUAUCAAUGGGACAAUCAGCCUGCCUGCUGAGCUGGAGGAGCAGAGUAUAGGAAGAUUUGACUGGGGUCCUGCGCCUCCAACAACCUUCAAGCCUAACAGCCCUGACCUGGCCAAGCACUACAAAUCUGCUUCUCCACAGCCUGCUUUUCAUCUUAAACCAGACACUCCGGUUUCCGUGAAAAAGCAUCACGUGAUUCAGGAACUCCCUUUGGACAACACCUUUGUCGGGGGUUGUGACACCCUUUCCAAACGCUCUUCCACUAGUUCAGAUCACUUCAGUGCCUCAGAGUGCAGUUCCCAAGGAGGCUUCAAGACAAAGGGCCCCUUGCACACCAGACAGGAACUCUCCCCGUCUGGGAUUUUCACCUUAUACAUCACUCCUAUUACAAAACAACAUAUGAGAGAAUGAAUCUGUUUCACAGUCAGUACUUAACACAGCUGGAGCCAUUUGAAACCUGCUGGGUUUUGCUUCCAAUUAUUUCAUAGACUAGAAAGCAUCUCUGGUGAAGUAAUGGCAUCCAUGGUAUAAUCAAACUAGUUAAAAUUCCUUGGAAUAUAUGGAUCAUAUUUCUGGGACUCAUCAAAUGUAUGCUAGAAGUAUAAUGAACAGUAAAUAUUUAAACUGUUUUUCACUUUAUGACAAUAUAUAUUCAUUUAUAAAUAAAUUUAAUGUUCAAAUAUUCACGUUUAUAAUAUUUGAGUAUGUGACUAACAUAGUAAAAUAUAACAAUAACGGAUAAAAUUAAACACAAUAAUACUUGAAAAAUACUAGUAGUAUCCUGGAAUCAAAACCAUCGCCUUACAUGAGAACAGCUAAAAUCAACUAGAUUCAAGGUAAUGAUUUGGAUCAAAAUGUGUUGUGGGGAGAUCAAGAUGAGGCAGGAAGUGUGAGGGGGUGAAAGAAUUCACCAGAGACAGAGUAGAGAACAGAACAGGAGGGUUAAUUGAAAUAGUCUGCUAAGAAAAGCAAUGGGUGAGACUGGAAAAAGUCUGUACUCUAAGAAGGAUAUAAGGCGCUCUAUAAUGUUUUACUUGGGCUUUCUAAAUUGGGGUGUCAGUUUGCACCAGUUCUCUCCUGGGCUGUCUGAUCUGGUGCUAGUCUUUGACACAGAAAUGUUUUCUGGUCUCUGCUUCUGCAUUCCUGGAGCUGGGCUGGUUUUUCUGGUCAUAGUGGUGAGUUGUAUAUCCUUGUCCCCAAUUUUAUGUCCUCUGGUCAUAGUAAUCAGCCUUAUCAAUUAUCUAUUACAGCCUCCUGAACCUGCCUUCUGAGCCAGGAGAAGGGGCUUGAUUUUUAACCUUACUAACUUGUACCCCAACAGAAUAUAGUGGGGUUGUUGGUAAUUCAAUUACCGAGUAAUUAAGAAGUAGAUACAGUCAAAUUUCAAUUUGCUCAUUGUGACUUAGAUUGUAGAAACUAAAUUUUUAACAUCUCAUUGACCUUUACUAUACUCUCAGUAUGAUUCACUUAUUUUUGGAUUGGCUUUUUGGUUUAGUUCUAAUUUCAUUGACAGUGACUCAGUAAGAUGUAGCUCAGUAAGAAGAAAGGACUGUAAAAACAAAUAACAUGUGCCCUGGUUCUUGUGUAGAUAAACAAAUCUUAAAAAAAAAAGAUAGAAAGAAAAAGGGCCCCCCGGUAAUGCAGGUGGUUGAGUGCAGCGCUGUGAACAUGUCCGCAGCCUCUGUAGUGCAGGUUCCAUCCCGGCCAGCUGGGGAGAUACCCACAUGGUGUGGCAUGCUGCUCCCCUCAGCAGUGUAUUUCAGUCAGUCUGCCUGUUCUAUUCCCCACUCUGUCUCUGGUGAAUCCUCUCACCCUGGCCUAUACCCUGGUUCUUGUAUCAAUAAAUGAAUCUUUAAGAAAAAAAUAAAAACGGGCCUCCCCGUGGUGCAGCGGUUGAGCACUGGGUUGCGAAGCUGCUUGCAGCCUCGCAGCCUCUGCAGCGUCAGUUCGAUCCCCGGCUGCUCCCCGCCCACCGGAAGAGGGUCCCACAUGGCGCCCAGACCUCUCCUGCCGCCCGCUGCUCCCCUCAGCAGUGUACUUUGGUCCUUCUGCCUGCUCUGCUCCCCGCUCUGGCUCUGGUGAAUUCCCUCACCCUCCCGCGCUUCUGACUGUACCCAGUGCUUGUAUAAAUAAAUAAAUAAAUCUUUUUUUAAAAAAAAGAAAAAAAGAAAAACAAAUAACAACAGAAUAAAUAAUUUUUGUGUUGGCAACAAUUUAAAAUGUGGCAAAGUAGAAUAAUUUCCUUGUUUAUGUUUAAAGAUUUAUUUAUGUGUACAAGAACUGGGGUAUAGGGCAGUGGCAUAGGGUGGGGGGGUGAGAGGAUUCACCAGAGAUAGAAUGGGGAAUAGAACAGGCAGAUCCACUGAAAUGCACUGCUGAGAGGAGCAGCGGGGGAGGCAGGAGAGGUCUGCUGCACCACCUGGAUCAGCUCUCUGGCCUGGGAUCAAACUCACCCUACAGUGGCUGGCAACAGCUGACAUUGUUGUGCUUUAACCCCUGAGCCACUAGGGAGGCCCAUCCUUUAGAGUACUGCUUAUAUGAUGCUAAAUGUGAUAUCUACCUUUUAACCUUGUGAUACAGAAGAGUGUGGGGCCACGUGUAGCUACCACCUUGGGUAUCAGGUCAGAUGGAGUUACUAAGAUUAUACCAUGCAUAUAGAUCGCCAAUAAUAAAAUCUGUUUAAUCCCAUCACAGGGGAAACUGUGAUCAUUAGGCAAAACAUUAUUUAAAUGGUAAGGUUCAGAUUUUAAAUAUUUGGGAAAGUGCAAAGACUGGAUGAUGUCACCCAAUAAAAGAUCAGAUAAAGCCAAAUUUACCACAAACCCUAGAAAAUUGACUGUAGAACUGAGGCUGCAUGUGGAGGCAAGAACAAAGUAGAGAAGGACCAUAAUAGACUAUGGUGGUGGAUUAUGGGCGUUUUAUUGGUGGGUGCUCUGUGGUUACACUACUAGAAAGGGAGAUCCUAUACUUCUAAUACACAGACAACUUUGUAAAUCAUUGGCUCAAUUAAAAAAAAAUAGUGUCUUUUUUGAACAUUUUAGUAUUCUCAUGGCAUAAAAUACAUACCAAUAUAAUAUAUGUAGCUAAAAAUAAAUAAGAUGGCCAACAUUUUAUGUUGUCCAUAUCAAUUAUAUCUUCUUUUUUUAAAGAUUUAUUUAUUGAUGCAUAUAAGAGCUGGGGUGUAGGUCAGUGGUGUGUGGGGGUGUAAGAGUCAUCACCAGAGACUGAGUGGGGAGCAGAACAGGUGGAUCUACUGAAAUACACUGCUAAGGGAAACAGUGAGUGAAGCAGGAGAGGUCGGCUGUGCUAUGUGGGUUAGCUCCUUGGAUGGGGAUUGAACUUGUGCUGCAGUGGCUGCUGAUAGCUUCAUAGUGCUGAGACUUAACACCUUGUGCCACCAAGGAGGCCCUAUAUCUUCCAUUAACUCUUAUAAUGGAUAGUUACGUAUGAGGAAAUCUAUGUAAAUUCCAGUUGAGAGAAUUACUUGUUCUAUAAAGAAAAUUAUAUUUCUUAAACUUCACAUCUUUUCUAUGUGAAGAGUUCAUUUGAUUUUUCUUACUUAGCAGCAUGAGGGGAUUUUCUGCCUGCUGAACACUUAUUUGGGUGUGAGCCUGACAGCUAGAUAAUAUCCAGUCUUGUCACUAGAUCCAUGACUAUAUUAUAUUUUCUUUAAUGGAUACUAAAAUUUAUUCCAGAAUUGCAUCCUAUAGUUAUAAAUAUGUAUUCUUUUAUAAUUCUGUGAUGUAUUACCAUGGUUUUCCUCUGUCAAAGAUGUGUGCUAUAUAUACAAAUUAAUCAUUUUCUUUAAUUCUGAUACUCAACAGACAUCUAUUGAGUAACUGCUAUGAUCUAAGAACCAGUGUUAUGCAAUGGAAUUUAUUAAAUGAUUAAGACAUUAUUCUAUCAAAGAUUCCAGUGAUUUUGAACAUAAUACCCCCCACCCCUUAGAAUUCCUUUAUUUUAAAAAAAAUGAGUUCUCUCUCAACUUUAAAUUGAUGUCAUCAUGUCCCUGAAAUAUAUUUUUAAAGUCUCUCUUUUUUAAACUAGUGCUAGAGACUUGAUGUUUCUGUAGGGUAAUAAAAUUCUAAGAUCUAUUACUCUAAUUAUAAGAAUGCCAAGUUUAAAUUUAUCCUUGGGUUAAUUUAGAGAGAAAUACACUUUUUCAUCCUUAAAAUCACACUUCUUCUAUAGGCAAAGGUGUUAAUAAAAUAUAGUUGCAAGUGAAACUUCAUUUUUGGAACUAUAUGAGACAGUGCAUUUGAUAUAUUAAAAAUCACUUUAAAGGGCCUCCCCGGUGGCGCAGCGGUUGAGCGCCGGGUUGCGAAGCUGCCUGCAGCCUCUGCAGCGCUGGUUCGAUCCCCGGCUGCUCACUGGCCACCAGAGGAGGGUCCCACAUGGCGCGCAGACCUCUCCUGCCGCCCGCUGCUCCCCUCAGCAGUGUACUUUGUCAGUCUUCCUGCUCUGUUUCCUGCUCUGGCUCUGGUGAAUUCUCUCACCCUCCUGCGCUUCUGACUGUACCCAGUGCUUGUAUAAAUAAAUAAAUAAAUAAAUAAAUAAAUAAAUAAAUAAAUAAAUAAAUAAAUAAAUCUUAAAAAAAAAAAUCACUUUAAAAACAUGGCACACAAUGAUAAUGUUGAAUAAUAACCUAAGUUUUAAAAGACAGUGUUCUCUAAAAAUGAAGUGUCACAUAUAGGGAUCCAUUGGGAAAGGAAUAUUUAACUCAUAAUAGUCUGCAAAGGAAUGUUCAACUCUUACCCUUCCAACGGACAAGUCUAACAUAGAUAAGGAACAUGGAUGUUAAACUCUGGCUACAAUAAAUGUUUGGUUUAAUAAGUAUUUCUUUCCAGAUGGUUCUUAUUUGGGCAAGUCCGUUUUCUUAUGAAUAUUUAUAACAAUAUUUCAAGAAAUUUUUGCAGUGACAUACAUAUUGAAAAUAAAGACCUUCAUUAUAUACAUAUAUUUUUUUUUCCUUAAAUCGAGAAACAUUCAUACCCUGAAAAAAUGGUUUCCUUUAAUCAGAAAAAGAUGUCAUAACUGGACUAUACAUUUCAGACAACUGUGUUAUUUUUAAUUUAAUUAUUCAUUUAAAAUUUACAUAUGAAUUUAAAUUCAUAUGAGCAAGUCAUUUCAAACUUUCAACUAAUAUUAAGCAAUUUUUUUUAAAAUAAGGUAUUUAAUGCCUCACCUACACAUUUUUCUGCAAGUAUAUUUUAAGGUAAAUUGUUAGUACCAGAAAAUGUAGUGUUUAAUUGAAAUUAGGCUUCAGUGAUAACCAUCAACCUGGUGCCUAACUCUGAAAAAGAUCCUUCCAACUGUUCUGUGGAUGCUGAAGCAAAUAUCUCCAAGGGAUUACUAACAUAUAAAUGAAAUUCAAAAUUGAAACCUGGUAAAAUAUAAACACCUCAGAAAUAAGAAGUGUAAUCAUACUAGUUCACUAAAAAUAUUGAUUAAACUAUAAAUAAUAUUUUGAAAAUCAUAAAUGUAUUUAUGUGAUCAUAUAACUGUCACCUACAUUUUAAUCAUAUGAACAUAUGAACAUUUUGGUAAACUAACUUAGGCCCAAGGAACAUACCAGAUUAAACGUAAUAAAAUAGAUAUAUUUUAAAAAAAGGUUGGUAUGGAAAUCACAAGUAAAUGAUUUCUAAUAAAAUCAAAUAUAUGGUAAUUUCACCACUUACUAAAAGUGAGUUAAAAUUUGGUGCUUUUACAUAGUUUUAAUUCCUUACUUAUUGUGAUUUUUAUAAGUGACUAUGCAUUGCUUUACCAAAGAGAAUAAGCCAGUAGGUAUUAUUAAAUACUUAGAUUUUCUGAUUUUGAAAUCUUUCAUACACAUUACUUUCUAAUUUUUGUCAUAAAAUCUAUUUAAAAUCACCUAUACUUUGUUAAAAUUUCACUUAACAUCUUUAUAAUUCAAUUAUCUUAUCUGAAAAUUACAUUAUUCAAUUCAGCUAUUUUUUUAAUUUCUGUUAUUAAAAAUUGAACUAUGAUUUUUGUGUUAAUUACUUAGGGAAAGAUCACUCUUUGGUUGGAUUCCUCCAACCAUCCAACAUCUGUCUUGCCUACUUCCUAUCUGUUGAUAAAUGUUCAAACAGUACAGAUCAAUGUUAACACUGGAUCAAGAAAAACACUUACAAAAUAAAUCAUGUGAUUCAGUGUCUCCUGACAAAGACAGACUAGCAAUAUUCCCAUUGUUUGUGUGAUCUAUGUUAUCACUCUUUUGCAUUAGUGUUGAUAACAGAGCAUUGCCUUUAUCUUCUUUGCUUCUGCCUGAUUAAUUUUCCCCUUCUGAACUAGAAAAUUAGCAUUUUCUCCUCAAUAGAAAAUCAAAAAACAGAACAAUAAAACCCAAGCAGAUAGUUGAUAUUUAUAGUUUGAAUGGAAAAAUACCAACUUUAAAAAAGGAUGUAGCUACUAUAUUUUUAUCAGUAAUAUUCUGUUUAUUUUUUUCCAGUGGUAAGACAUUAGAAUAUACUUAAUAUUUCAAUUUUUUGAAUAUUGGGGAUUACACACAGUUUUGUGAAAAUCUAUUGAUUUUUUUUUAAAGUCAAAUAGUGGUAAUUUUGAUUGAUGGAAUCAAUUGUUAUAGGAUGAAUCUUGAAAAGCUAAUUAAACCAAAUGAUUUUAUUGUCAGCCUAUACACUGAAGGGAAAAAAAUAGAGCUAAGGUAAAGAAAUAAUGUAAACAAUUAGGACUAUCAAUAUAUUGCUGAAGAAAAUCAAGUUUAAGAUGAAAAGGACUGAUGUAAAUUAGCUGACAUAACCCCCUAAUAGACUGCCUAUGUGUUAAGUAACAAGAGCUAUUUUCUUACAGGAUUAAAAAAUCAGAACUUGGUUUGCCAUACAUAGCAGAGACUCCCAUAUUCUCUACAGAAUACUUCAGAAACAGUCUUUAUAAGAUAGUUUUGGAACCUGGAUAGUAGCUUUGAAAUAUUUUCAACUCUAAUUACUGAACCUCAAAAUAUCAAAAUCUGCUUGCAUUCAUCACUACUCACUACAUUAUAUUCUUUCAGUUCAUAAAGCUUUAGGAAAAUCCAAUUCUUUCAGUGCAUUUUGUGGAGGUAUUGCAAGACUCUUACACUGUAGUUGGAUGGGUUUAGGAGUUGAUUUGCAAGCUUGGGAAGUUGACAUAGAUGGGGGAAACUGUGGUUUGAGACUUACCACAUAUUGGCUACCAGUCACUUUUGUGUCUUUCAUGUUAAACUGACUCAUCCAAUGUUAGUAUCAUGAAUGUACAAUACCUUAUUUAACCAUAUGACUACAUGGACAUGAUAUAUUUUCUAAAAAUUCAUUCUAUGACUGUGAGGUUAUUUGGAGGUUAUUAAAAAAAAAUUCACUGAUGGCAAAUUACCAAAACAUCUAAAAGUGAUCUAAAACAAAAUGAGAUUUGUGUCCAAAGAAUACUCUGAUAGCUUUGCAUUAGCUAUUUUGAACAGUAACUGAUGGAAUAAAAUGUACAAAGUCUCUGGUGAAGUGAGAAGCUAGACAGACCAAAUCUUAAAAUCCUGUGAGUUUGUGGAGCAUUGUCAGAGUGGGCCAUUCAAGGGACAAUGAAGUGAAUCACAGCUACAUGAUUAAUCAAAUCAGUUCUCUAUUGUAAAAGUACAAAGAGAUGAUGUCCGCUAGCAUCUGAUUUGGAAUUGGAUGCUUGUAGAUGAAUGAACUUGUGUAGAUUGUGUCUUCCACUGUUUUGCUUGGAAAAGAAAGAAAUUAAUUAGAAAUUUUAGCAAAAGCAACAUUAGAUAAUCAUAGUAGAGUAGUCAACUUAGGGGUAAAGCUAAUACUAAGAUACAAAACUAUUCACUUUCAUAUUAUUUUUAUUAAGAAAACACUGGUUUACAACACUGUAUAUGAUUCAUAAAUACAGGAUCCCACCUCUUCAGGCAUAUGAUACCACAUCACACCCACCAAGGCACUGAGUCAUUGUACACCUUCCUCCACUAGCUCUGGUAGUAUCAGGUUUACAGUCAGAUUUCCAGGGUUAGUUUGUGGUUGAAUGUUCUCUGACUUAUUGUUUUGUUUCUUUACAUUCCACCUGUGAGGGAAACCAAACAGGAUUUGUCUUCCUCCUUCUUUGGAGGCCAGUCCCCUCCAGUCUGAUCCAUACAGUUACAAAUUGUAAGAGUUGGUCUUUCUCUAUAGCUGAGUAGUAGUAUUUCAUUUUAUUCUUAACAGUGUCUUAUGAAGAUCGAAACUAAGUAUUUAAUACUUUAACAUAAUUACUCAUCACCUUAUUACAAAAAUAGUAAACAUGCUUUUAAACAUUUUCAAAAGUAACUGGGCCAAAUAAACCACAGUAAGUCCUGCUAAAUAGCAAACAGUUCCACAGGAGAAAUGGAAGAAGUUGUAGACUCUGUAAAGAGAAGAUUACAAUAUUCAUUGUGGCACAUUAUUUCUUUAUUUCUGGAAACUUAGUUAGCAGUGCUUUGAAACUAGACUUCCAACACCAGAUAAUGAUAAGAGCAAUCAUUUACUUGAGUGCUUACUAAGUUUCUGGCAUUUUUCUCAGUCUUUUACAUGCAUUAACUCAUUGAAUGGAAAUAAUGACCUGUGAGUUAGGUACUAUUAUUAAUGUCCCUCUCUCACUGCUGAGGAGUAGUUAAAUGAUUUGCUUAAGGUCACACUUCUUGUAAGUGGAGACUAGUCCAGAACUUGAACUCUAGCAGUAUUAUAGUAAGCUUUGCUUGUAAUUACUAAGCAGUACUGACUCUAUGAUUAAACUUUUGUUUAAGAAAAUAAAAUUGUGGCACAUCACCAAGAGUCAACUGUGCCAAAAAUAAAUUCUUUGUGUAAAGGUAAAUGAGGAUAGCUAAAUUCUAAUUUAACAUGUUUUGUUUUUAAUGCCUGUAGUUGACAAAUUUUGCCACUGAUCCAUGCAUACCUGAGGCAUUUGUGGUUCCUUACAGUUUACAAUGAACAUUCACAGACAGUACAUAGUAGAAGUAGUAAUAGCACUUGUAUUUUUUAGGCAGAAGGAUUCUGAAUUCUUUCCAAAACAGUGGAUUUUAGCAAUGAAUUUAAAACAUUCUGCUCUUCUUAAAAUAGAACAAGAGUUUUGUGAUUAUUCUUUUUUUAAACUACUCUCAUUUCAGAUAAGAAAGGAUUUAGAAAGGGUGAGGUCAAACUAUACUGAUGACUAGCGUCGGCUAGGCUAGAAUGAUGCUUUCCUUUCCUUUUUUUUUUUUUUUAAUUUUUAUUCCAACCCCUAUUCCUGAGUGGAUCAUGAGCAAAACCAGCACCCAUCUCUGCACAAACAGUCCAGCUAAGAUCAGCCUGGGCCUUCCCCCAGCUAUCUGUAAUGCACUAGAGGAACACACCUUCACAGCUAUUUAGAACUCUAUGUAUAAGUCAUUUUAUUAUUGUUUGUGAAUGUCAGUCCUCUUCCUAGAGUAGGCUUUUCAGUUUUAUCACCCACAGCUAUAAAAAGUAGCCAGUAAUUUUGUACUGUUCUAUUCAUAUACCAUAUUUUAUUGCUGGCUUCUUCAUGCCUUCUUGCUUAAAACUUGAACAAUAGGUAAUAAACACUUGUCAUCAAUAACGUGUUAGGCUUUCGAUAUCCAACUAUAAGUCUGAGAACCAUUUUAUCAGAAUUGCCAAAUUAAAAUUGUUUAUCAUGUAUUAUUAUAAUGGAAGCAUUUUCAUAAAACUUCUAGGUAAGAAAUCUGUAGUUUUAAUUUGAGGGAUAUUUGAAGGUUAAAAUGAAAUAGCUUGAGAGUUAUGGAUGCAUAGUGUUCCCUAGCCAUAUACACAGAGGAAAUUGAUUCUUGGAACAACACGCUAAUGUUUUGUCCAUAGUAUGUAGUAUAUGAGGAUCGUCGAAUCACUGUCAUGAAUAAAUUCUGUCACGUACUUACUAGAGAAUAAAAGUCAUUUGCUCUUUCAAAAAGAGUUCUGGGAUUUGCAACAAGGAAACUGAUUUAUAAUUUUCAAAUCCUAUAGUUUUGAAGCUUGCAUUACUUAAAUUUUGAUUGUGCAGACUCACUUCUUAUUUAUGGCUUAGUUUGAUUUGGGGGCAGAAGCUUUUUCUUGAUAACUCUUAAUUAUAAACUUUAGUGGGCAGAACAUUUUCAACUAUUCUGAUUAAAGAACAAUGUUGAGCAUGUUGGCUGAAUAAAGAUUUUAUGUUAUUAAUCAGAUAAUGAGAAUUUGGUAAGCACAUUCCUUAGAUCAACAAUGGGUAGAAGAAACCAAGUUCACCUGUUAAUUUUUCAAGGAUCUAGAUUGUCAGCCUUUUCAUAGUUUAAAUUACCAAGUUCUAUACUGGAAAGAUAUAAUCUUAAAUAUAAAGUAAAAAGUGAACUGAAAAAUUUAUUUCACACUCAGUAACAUAUGCAAUAGAGUAAUCAAUUUGUGGUUGGAAUGUGAGAAAACAUUUUUGCUUGCAUAUUUGCUUAGAGUCAUUUUUAGGCAAAUAUCUUCAAAUGAUAUUUUGAUGGAAAUCAAGUUUAAUGAGAACAAACAUAACAGGAAGAGUGUUAGUAAUCUCUUCUAUCAGAUUUAGGUAGAAGAGUGCCAAAUUGUUUUGUUUUCACAUUAUAGUCUUGUGAUAGAAUUUCCACUUGGGGUUUGUAGACCAAACUGUCGUGUACUGACAUAAAUACAGUGACCUAAUAUGAUUUGUUGAUUUAGAUUUCUAGAUUAUUCCAAGUAUAGCUGGAGUUCUCCUUUAUCUAGGGAGUAAAUAGAUAAGGCUUUGUAAAAAACUGAGUUAAUUUUGCAUUGACAUUCUGGGUGUUGGUGAUAAUUUGUAGUGACAUUAUGCCUGUUGGUUAUGAUUGUGACAGGCAGACUCUAUCUAAAUGGACAUUGCCACAGUCAAGUUUAAUAGCCUCAGCAUUGGAAAUUUCUGCUUUAGGAGAGCAGAAGCUUUGCAGCAUGUACUUUGUUUUCUACCUCCACAAUUAGAGAUUAAUAUACAUCAAUUUUAGGCAGUUGAGGAAUGAAAUGAGAAGAUUAACAGAACUAGACAACAUUAUACAAGUGGAGUAAAAAUUCUGUAACAUUUUUUCUUCAGUGAUAUAGUAUACUAGGCAAAUGAACACCAAUUCAUAGCCUUUGCACAUUCAUGUUAAGAUUAAGUUGAUGGACAGCAAAGUAGAAAGCAAAUACAUAAUUUACACUGUUAUAAUUUUUCUUAUCAAAUGCAUAAAUCAUUUUCAUAUAUAUCAGGAAUUGUUUCAAGUGACCUAAUAUUAUAUGGUGUAUAAGGCUUCAUCUAUUUAAUUCCAAAAAUUGCUCUCUCUUAAAAUUAUUCACAGAAAAUUUUUGUGAUCACAAAAAGAAAACCAAAUGCAAUGAAUGUAUACAACAACAAAUAUACAUAAUGCUGUAGGAAGUGAAAAAAAUUCCUUUCCUUACUAAAAGUUUUAGUGAAAAUAUUUCAACUCUAAUUAAUUGAAGACUCACCUAACUCCAAUUAGUUAUUGGUUACAAAGUCUACCUGUUACUGUAGUAGAAUUAUGGCCAUAUUUUCUACAUUUUUUUCAAGUUAUCUGAGAACAUUUUAACUGUCUUUAUUACAAAUUGAUUGCUUUACUAGUGAUGGUUUAAUAAAAUUAGUGGUUUUGAACUUUAAUUUGGCAAGCUCUUGAACAUAUUUUUACAUAUAUUUCUGAUGGGGGUGCUGAUCUUUAGAUUUUUGAUAAUGUGAUUUUUUAAGAUGUCUGUUCAGUAGAAGAUAAUUUAUUUUCCUUUAUUGUAUGCAUUCUCUUUUUCAGUCACAAAAUUCUAUGCUGUAUAUAAAUUGGCAAAAGCAAAUUACAGAAAUAAGGAAAUGACUUAAACUUUUACAGAGCCAUCUACCUAGGGAAUGGAUUGUAGUAAUUCCUGGUAUUAAAAAAAAUAACUGUCAGAAUAUUAAUGUUGAAGCCAAAAGGACUGGAAAUAUGCCAAAUUUAGGACAGUUAUUUGAAAAAAGAAAAAUCACAAACUUGUCAGUCAUAUGUCUGAGGUGAUUGUAGAUGAAUCUUUGAUAUACAGAAUGGUAUUAAAUUAGAAUUAGCCUAUUCAUAGUAAUGAGGUUCUAACUGUAAAUAAAAAAAAAAGAUUUGAUUGUCUUUAAAUUUUCUGUAAAUGUGUUACCAAUUUAGUGAUAUUUAUAGCUUAUGAAAACUUAUGGAUACUUGAUUUCAAAAAUUAUAAAAGAAUUGGUUUAAAUAUUUGAACUUCUUGUUAUUUAGUUUCUAACAUUCUGAGAAAGUGAUCAAGUGACUGGAAAUGUUAUAACUUAGUGUGAAUGUAGACAUAUUUAUAUUUGAAAGAAUAAUUGCUUUGCUGUAAAGUCUAAAAACACAGACUAUUGUGAAUACAGCAAUGUGCAUAAUUGACCCCUGUUCAUUUUACAGGGCAAAAAAUAAGAUGACUCUUUGGCAAUCACAUGUUACUUGAAUUAUAUUUAAUCUCCUACUACUCUGAAAACUCACAUACAUACAAACAUUAAUGCAAAUAUGGACAGAAGAAAACUGCCACUCAUAGCGAGUACAUUUCUUUUUGUCAUAAACUGAAUGUUAAUAGCCCCAAUGUCAUUAUUUACUGAUGGAAACAUAAGAUGCCUGAUUUAGAAAAGCCACAUUCAUGCUUUAUGGUUUAUGGCCAGCACUAAAAGUAGGUAAGGUCUACAUUUGUGUGUGUCCUCUUCAUAGCCUCCCUAAUAUUAACUGACUUAUUGCAGAAAAUGUAUUUGCUUUUCAUUCUGACCAAUAAAAGGCAACUUGGUGAGUUAUAGAGAUUGACUGGGUGCUUGACAUGUGGUGCUGCUCCAUUAAGCAGAGGGCAGUUGGUACUGGGCAGGUUUAGGAGAAUUUAAUUUUCUUGCUUGUUUUUAGAUAUGCUUUUAGAUAUGUUGAUAUCCUAAUAUAUUAAAAAUAUAAAAAUGCAACAUCAGCUCACAUAUAACAGUGUUCCUUUUAUUGAUUUUAUAGUUCAAAUGUUUGAAAAAAUAUAUAUACUCCAAUUUAUCCUAUUAUUGUGGUCUGAAAUUACCAGAAAGUUUUGUGGAUAUAGUAAGAUAAGCACAUUGUUCAUUAUUUAAAUGCAAAAUGCAUCUUUUCAAUUAUCAUUGCCUAAGCCAUUUUUAGAGAAUUGAUCAAGUAGUUCCUCAGUACUCCACUCUAAGAUAGGUGGAUGCAUUUCAUUCAAUUUCCAAUCUCUUUUUGAAUUCUUAUAUGAAGCCUAUAGAAAAUAGAACAUUGUUUUCAAUUAAAAAAAAAAACCCUGGUAAUUUCUAUUCAUUUUGAUUUCUGAAAACUAACCACAUUUUUUACUCCAAAUAAAUUGUCAUGUAUAAUAAUUAUAUGCUAAACAUAAUAAAAUGUGGCUGAAUAUAAUCUCCCUUAUUAUGCUACAAUGUAUGAAUAAUUAUAAAUGAAAACAUCACAUCACAUUCUCCUAUAUUACCAUUAUUCUAUAGUUAGCAUUCAUAAUAAAGUAUAUUCUAUUGUUAUUGUGAAAUCAGUUCUUCAGAUUCAUAGUAAGGCACUACACAAGUCAUUAUUAUUAAAGAAGUAUAGGGAAAAUUUUUCCAAUUGAAAACUAAUAAUUAAAGGUAUUAUUUAGAAAAGUAUAUUGCAGAGUAGAUAAGAAGUUUAAUGUAGCAAUACCUUUCUAUUUUAAUUUCAAAUGAAGUUUUUAUAUACACACAAAAAAUUGGCUUAAGAAUUAGGUGAUAUAUUUUAGAAGUUUUAAAAAAGCCAAAUUUAUGUUGCAUUGUGUUAUAUUAAUGAUUUUUCAAUAAAAAUUAUUACCGGUAAUGAUUGGUAAAAGUUUUUCCUCCCUGUGCUAGUGAUUUAAGUUGAAUGGGAAUUUAGUACUAUGUAUAGGGAUGCAUCUUAAUAUCUCUAUUUGUUGAAGUGUUAAAAACACAAUUUAAAAUGUGUCCUCAUUAAAAUGGACUUUUGUACACUAUAAAUUGAAUCAAGUAAUGAAUAUAUAAAGUAUUUAAAAAGUUGUAUAUCAAAAUGUAUAACAUUCCAUUUUUGGCUAUAUUUUGUAAAACAUUUUUGGUGUAAUCAGUAUGACUUUCACAUAUGUCAAAUCAAGUAUUUAUUUAAACAGAUAUAUACCUAAUGUAUUUGGAAGCUCAUUGCACUCAUAUAAUUGUAUAUAUUGUGGCUUCAAAAGUCUGUACUUAUCCUUGCUUUAAAAAAAGUAGUAUGUGCAUUUUUUCCAAUUUAUUUUCAUUAAUUAAGGAAAACAUCCUUUACUAAAUGUACUUUAAAAUUUACAAUAAAGUUUCAGAACUUGUUUUGUACAAUGUUGAGAUUUUGUGUUGAAUUUGUUUGUGAACAUUUUUUAAAAUUGUUCUCUCGUUUUCUGAUAAGAAUCCCCUCAACUUAAUGUUAUCGAUAAAAUGUGUAGUUAGAACAUUGUGUGGUAAAUAGCUAACCUUGUCUAAUUCAGGGGUGGUUGUCAUAAGUGAUGAAUUUUGCAUCCAUGUAGAACCUUGGUUAAAAGACAUGUUAAAUCGGUUUUCCCCUCAAAUUCCUAAUUACUCUUGUGUCCACAUUUCAGCAUUGGAAUGUCAAACAGGUUGCACUGAGUGUUCUAAACUGCAGAUAAGCAGUUACACAGAGGUAAUAUGGAGAAUACAUUACCAGCCUGUUCAUCAAAAACUGUGAUGCUCUGCUUACAGAAGUUAAAGAGAUGUUUAAGUUUGGCAUACAAAUCUAUUGGCAUUCCAUUAAAAUGUAAACCUAAACUCUCAAAUAUAAUAAAUUUCAAUGCCCAUAUUUUGUUCAGCUUAGCUCACUGAGGCAGAUUCCUUACUAAGAAAAUUCAGAUUUCUGUGUCAAAGAAACACCCUGUAUCAAUGUGACUCUGAGGCCUGCUGGGAUACAAUCAUUUCCAGAAAAUCACCUAUAUUUUACAUUUCUGGAUAAGGAAAAAAUAUGUGUUAGCUAUGUAGAUUAUGUUUAGAUUCCCUCCAAUAAGGACUGGGGAAUUUUCAUAACAGCUUUCCCAGUGGCUAUUUGCAAACUUGUUCAAAACAAGCAAAAGCCAUUAAACGUUCCCAACAUUUUGCAUGUGGAAGGCUUCAGGUUUAGUUACAUUAAUUUGAAAUAGCAGACAUGAGGACUUAUUAUUCAUGAUUAUGGAAUGCAUAUUACAAAAUUUCUGUUGGUUUUGAAGUUAUCUUUUUUCGGUCCAGAAAGAUUUAGCCCAGUCUGCCCUGUUUGUCAGCUUUUUUUUUUUUGUUUUGUUUUGUUUUGGUAGAUGUUUUGACUUAAGGAAAGGAAGUUGAUCAGUUUCCUUCAGCAAAUCUGGCUGAAUGAAAAUAUUUUUAAUUUAUAUUGACACCCUGAUGCUUCACUCAGAAAAGAACAUUGUUUUUAACUUCUCAUCCAUAUAGUGAACAAUAUUUUGCAUCCUGAAGUGUCAAGUGUAAGGUCCAGGAGGAGCUGGACAAAUGGCUUGUUGAACCUAGUUAAUUACUAAACAUCUGAGAAUGGCAAGAUGCUUUUUUCCAU